GAAACCAGUUUCUGGUUACCGGUCGUGGCGUUCGGUCGCGUUUUAUGCUGCUGCUUCUCAGUUAUAAACGUUCAUCCCAUUCGCUUGGAUGUACAGUGGCAUAGAGAGAUCUUUAGUCUUUCCUGCAUCAUAAUCACCCCCUUCAUCUGGAAGGAAAAUAGUGAAGUAGGCCUUAGGGAGGAGUCGCAGAUUUACGGCCACUUUUGCGGAGCUGGCGGUGCUUGGUCUGAGUUCCGUGUUGCUAAUUUUGGCUGCGAUCAUAUACGGUUUUUGUAACCUCCGGAAAAAGUGCCUCGGAUUAAACUGAAAUUUGCUUAAAUUGAAAAAAUAUUAUUACCAAGGAUUGCGAAAGGAUGCAGGCGAAGAAUUGACUGUCGCUUAAAUGAAAUAUGUGAUAAAAUAGCAGCACUCGGGGUGCAAUUUUUCCGUCUGCCAUUGGAUUGUGCUUGUGUUUUUUGUGUCAGUUUUAAUUAAAAUUUCAAUCCAGAAAAGAAACCAGUGCGGUGUUAAUAAACGUGAAGUUGGAAGAUGAGCUGCUUUGAAUAGCCAGAGAGCCAACAGCGCGAGUAAGCAGGCGAAUAAAAACAACGCAACUUCGUGGGCUCCGUGGGCUGCGUGUGUUGGUGGGUUGGUUAGAAUCGCAAGAAAACGAAGAAACGAGAUAAAAUCGUAAAGUGCCGUGACGACGACGGUUGGAGACGGAAGGGUAGGAAGAAAGAAUGCGUGAAUAAAAAUUGAGUGAUAAAAGGUGAAGUGCGAAGAGAUAAAGCAAAAUAUAGCAGUAGGCGAUUGCAAGAUAUUUAAUAAGUUCGUUUUUUUAUCGUCUGUGCUGGAAAACGGGGAAUCGGUGAGAGGAAGUGGACGAAGCGAAAGAAAGCAAGAAACAGCCGCGCUGAAAAUGUAUAAUAAAAGUUCAUUCACGAUCGUGGUUGUUGCACUGGCGGCAUUCUUUUCAUCGUUCGCUCGUUCGGAGUUUCAAUUUACGGUUCUGCCCAAGUAUACCCAGGUGUACGAGGGCGAGUCGGUGGUGUUCAAGUGUCGAGCUUCCUACGACGAUGAGAUCGACUUUUCCUGGACGCUGAAUGGCAAUCCCAUCCGACUAGAUCAUCGUGUGUAUUUAAAUGGUUCCAAUCUACAUAUAAACUCCGUUUCCCAGCGGUUGGACAGCGGGGAUUACGUGUGCUUGGCGACGGCCGAAUCUUCGGGGGCACGGGUUGCCACCCCGCCGGCCAAGCUGGAUGUCAUUCGAACUUCUUCACCGGUGGUGCAAUUGAUGAAACAUGAAUCGGAAAAGGGUAGCUCGGUCGUACUGAAAUGUCAUGUUGGUGGCAAUUCCGGAGGCAUCCGGGAUGACGAUGAAACUCGAAUCGAGUGGUACAGGAACAACGAACGACUCACCAAAUCGGCGCAUAUCGAUUUUCAGCGUCGGAAGCUGCACAUAAAAAAUGCAACAUCCAAAGAUAAUGGCGUGUACAGUUGUCUGCUGGUGCACCGAGAAUCGACCCCAGGUCACCAGUCGGAAGCGAUCCCGAGCGUCAAGAACUACCGGCUCAAGUUGAAGGCCACCAGCGCCGGCGGCAAUAGUGUUGAUACAGCGAAAAUCGACUGCACCAAGAGCGAAAAUUCGUUACUGUGCCGUGGAAAACGAGGUGAUAAGCCGAUGGCCGCGGCACUAACCGCCGGUUCGCCGUCAUUCCUGCACCAGCAGGCCAUCGGUGCCGCUGCUGCAGAUACCGUAGCAUCCGCGCCGGUACAGAUCGUGGAGCACCCGGUCAAUGCGGUGGUUAAUGAGAGCGCUCCGGCUAUUUUUAAUUGCGGCUUCCAAACGGUCCCUAACGAGACGGCAUUCAUUCUCAAGUGGCGCAAGGAUGGCAAGGUGAUCCGGAAGUGGGACAACGGGGCCACCGAGCUGGACGAUGGAGUGACCGAGAGCUCGAUGUUUCGGGACGAUGCUCGAAUUCACGUGGACAGAAACAAUGGGUCGCUCGUAUUCAAUUCGGUUAUCGCCAGUGACGAGGGAAGCUAUGACUGCCAAGUGACCAACAAUGGAAGCGAAUUUCUGGUGAUGUCCAAUGCGGCUGAGCUACAGAUUAUAUCUAAUCUUCGCUUUACCCCCAAACCGCCAACAUCGAAAAAUCUCGAACUGGGCUCCGUCGCCAAGAUCCACUGUAAAGCUCUGGGAACACCAGCGCCACUGGUCCACUGGAUCACCGAGUCCGGUAAAACGGACCUACCCGAGUCGGUGGACGAUGUAAAUGGAACACUUAUUUUCCGUACCGUAACAACAGCCCACCGGGGAAACUACACGUGUGUCGCAUCCAAUAGUCAGGGAGAAAUUAGUGCCUCCGUCGUGGUUAACGUCGUAGUGGCACCAAAGUUCGAGAUCGCUCCGGAGGGAUCCAUGCAGGUGGCCGAAAUGGGAACCGUUCAUAUUCAUUGUGUUGCCACGGGAGAUCCCAAACCGACGGUACAGUGGGACAAAGAUCUGCAGUAUUUGCACAGUUCGAAUCAGUCUGAGGAGAACAGGUUUCGAAUACUGGAAAAUGGAACGCUGGUGCUGAGUGAGGUGCACCUGGAGGAUGAUGGGAAGUAUGGGUGCACAAUUGGUAAUAGCGCCGGUUUGAAGCGAGAAGAGGUUCAUCUAGUUGUGAAACCUGCUGAUAGUAUGCCUCUACCGGAGGAAACCUCCGAAGACGGAUUUUUGAUUACUAGAGCCGUUCUCAUCACGAUGUCCGUCGCCUUUGCAUACAUUAUACUAGUAGUGGGACUGAUGCUGUGGUGUCGCCAUCGGCGAGCAGCUCGGAAAGCUCGUCUUAAUAUGAGCUCUAAGGAAAAUGGUGACGUUGAUAUGAAGAACUGUGAAAUUGAACCAUGUCUUCCGGAGAAGUCUUCUCAGGAUGCUAAAUCAAAGUCUUCCAAAAAAGCAGGAAAUCAAAAGAAUGGUUCAACUGCCGAUUGCCAGGAAAAAAGUGAUGAUACUGUAAAUUCUACCAAGUCGAAGAAGUCAAGUAACUCUACCUCUUAUCUGGAUCAACUGUCAGUUACUCGAUCCAGUGUCAUCGAUAUGUUGCAAAUAGGAAAGUGUGACUUUGGAGAUGUGUUCAUUGGUAAGAUCAAGGAAAAUGAUUGUCGAACGGCUACAGUGAAGGAGGAAGCGUCUCGAGAACCGGUGACAGGUGAUGAGGUAAUUCACGCAGAUAAGGCUGCGGAAAUAAGCAACGAGGUUGAGAAAAUUACGAAGAAGCCGUCCAACGAGGAACUGAACGAGAUUAAACUGGAGAACGACUACAAACUAGUUAUGGUGAAGGCACUGACCAAGGUGAAGGACGAAAACUGCUGCUCCGAGUUCCGCCGGCAGCUGGAUUUGUUCCGGACUGUAUCGCACAAGAAUGUGGUCAAACUGUUUGGUCUGUGUCGGGAUAAGGAUCCUCACUAUAUGCUGUUGGAGUAUACGGACUGGGGUGAUCUAAAACAAUUCCUGUUGGCGACAUCACCAAGCAUACCACCCAACGGCAGUGUAGAAUCCAAAGGCGCUGCCAAGCCUCCACCACUGAACGUGCCACAAAUUCUCGCCCUAGCUCAUCAAAUCGGACGAGGAAUGGACGCCAUUUACAAGGCCCGAAUCAUUCACAGGGACCUGGCAACGCGCAACUGUAUCAUCAGCAGUGAUUUUUCGGCUAAAAUCUCCAUGCCCGCACUGAGUCGCGACAAAUACAGCAAGGAAUAUUUCAAAUUCAAGAACCAACUCAUGCCGGUACGGUGGAUGGCCCCCGAGUGUAUUCAGGAUGACGAUUACUCAAUCAAAAGUGACAUCUACGCAUUCGCAGUGCUAGUGUGGGAACUUUUUACCCAAGCCAUCGAGAUACCCUUCAAAGAUCUCACCGAUGAGGAAUACGUGACGCAGGCCCAGAGUGGUAAACUGGAGUGGAAGGUGGCCGAGAAAACACCCGAGGGGCUGCAUAAGAUACUGACAUCCUGCUGGUCGUUGAGUCCCAAGGAAAGACCUUCGUUCAGUCAGCUGGUAGUCGCUAUCGGUAACUGCCUACAGAGCGAGUACCCAAAAGAACCUACGGAACAGAUAGUUUGAACCUCUGCUUAUUGCUUCCUCUAGUACCAGAACUAAGCCGACAGUAAGGAUCAUAACUUUUCUAUGCAUUAUUAGAGAAAUCGCCCAACGCUAACCGCAUCGACGGUAUCGGCUUACACUUUAUACAACGACAAUUAUUGCUAGAAAGCAUUUUUUUAUUACUGCUAUUAACUGUAUUAUAGUAUUUAUUGCAAGCAAAGUAUUAGAUCCUUUAUAUAUAUAUUUUAUAUCUUUCCCAUAAGAAAGGGGGAUGUAAAACUAUUCGUUCAAAAAGUACUGCUAGUGUUUGAUGAUUUUGUCUGUGACAAAAAAAAACAAAUCUUAAUAAGGGCCAUCUAUUUAUCGAAUUGAUAGCAUCAACCAACCGUAACACAAAACCGUACACACAGAAGUGAAGACUUGAUAUUGAAUAAUGUAGCUUAGCAAAGAUAACAAACAAACGUUUAUCAAUAAAUUAUCAACCGGACUGCAUUACUGUAUCUGUAAGUAGUAAUAAACAUUGUAUUGAUCGAUAUUUAUACAGCUCAUACAACUUCAAGUAGAGGUAGUUUAUAUAUCAGAAAUGGUCGUUCGAACAGCUGAACCAGUUUUUUACCACAUAAUUGUAAUGGCCAGUACAGCCAGCAGAAAAUCGUUCCAUAUUACGGAGUAUUUAAACGACCACCAGACAAAACUAAUAAACUGCCAAUCUUCCAACCGAGAUAGGAUAUAGCAAGGAAUAUUCCAACCGUAAUCAUUCGCUUCUGAAUGUCCAACUUAUGACAUUUGCUUUAUAUUUGUAAGGCUAUCAGCAAAAGUAAAGGUUGGGGAAUAUUUCAUUGAUUUUAUAUGUUCUUACAACUUAACUCUACAAUUUAUUGAAAAUCAAUACCUGGUGUAGAACUAGAACAGGGCAACUAUGCAAAAUGAGCGGAGGAAAUAAAUGCUUAGCCCAUUAUUUCGUUUUGAAUAUUGUUUAAAGGAAAUGUUCGUAUUAUAUUAGGAAACGUUUUCUUACCAUAUAAAAUUCGACUCUAUACAUUGACUACAUUCAAAACAAAUUGUAACCACAGUUUAACAUGAAUAUUCCACAGUUUGCACGCAUGUUCCAACAAAACAAGAAUCUUAACUAAAUGCUAUUCUUGCCUUAUAAGCUUUCUGUGUAGUGCCCUACAACAACACCAUCUACUAAUCACUAUUUUUAAUCUUCCACUACAAUGAAAUCACAACAAAUAGAUAAUACCAUUUUUUAUCCUCCAACAAUUUCAUAAAGAAGUUUUCCUCAAAAAAUCGAUCUAACUUGUCAACUAUCAACGUGAAAACAAUUUGUAAAAAGUGAAGUACAUAAAGCCAGAAAAGUUGCAUUUUUAUCACUAAUUCAACGUAACACGUUAGCACAUAUACAUAUUGUAGUUCGUAGAAAUUCCAUUCUCAGUAAGGAUAAGUGAAACAAGAAUUGUGCUUUUUUCCAAGUCCUUAAUCAUAACAAAACAACUACAAAACUCUCCUGUACAUAGUAACAUAUCAGUUUGUGCUAGACCGUAGUAAGUGAUAUCUUAGUUUAUAUACAAUUCGAAGCGGUUUCUUCCAUAUGAAAUGAAAAUAAGCUUAAGGUUUACUUUUAAGGCAAACAGAUUUCCUUACGUUUUUUAUGUUGUAUUCUUUUUCGAUAGUACUUAAGAUUUAGUUUGAAGAGAGCAGAACAAAUAUUGUCUAGUCAUGGAAAUAAAAAGUUGAAAGCAAAUCGCCAAGAAAAGCGAACGUACACGUACUGUUGUUAUUGUCACGGUCAAAUUUGUCAAUCAGUUUGCCUUGUGUUCGCGAUUGCUGGCUUUCAGUUUUGGAUAAGUGAAAGUUGCAAUCGAGAUCCGGCAGCUAUUUUUCUAACCGUUAGUAUAACCCACUGUGCUUCGAAGAAUCGCCACCAAGACAGUUAUAGGCAUCAAAUUUUGUGCUAACAUGAUCGGUAUGAAUAUAAAAUAAAACU